UGGGAAUGACAGUCCGCUGCGCUGUCUUGAGAGGCACUACCCCUUGCUUUCCUAUUGAGAACAUCAAGAACAACUACCUUGGGUAUUUUGUAAAGUGUAAAACUAUAGUUUCCAUUUAUCAUUUUCAAGUGGAUUGCCGCUGGAGGCGUUCGGGAGGAACGUUACCUAAAAUGGGAUUUAGCUGAUGCUUCAUUUUUGGACGUCUUUUGACGGGAUCGGCUCGCCAUGCGCAGCAGAGUAGUAGAAUCGGCUCAACUUUAUCGGGCGCUGCUGAGCAAGUCUGAAAUGCAAUUGCGCUGAUACUGGAUGUAACGCAGGCCGGAACUCCGGUUCAAGCGGCUUGUUUGGAAACGUUUUCGAAGAAGAAACCGAACAUCGCUUGCAUUCAUUAAGUGUGUAGCUUUUAUAAACACUUUCACAAGAGUCCAGUAGAGCUGCAUGUACCAAUCCUAAUAUGCAGAUAUAAUAAUAGACCUGCACGUCUAUGUGCGGAUAGUCUACGAAAGACAGUUGAAAGUUUUUUUUUUUGUAUUCUCCUUUUCUCGUGGGUACUGCUUUAAACGUGUGUUUGUCGGUAUUUUUCACUGUCUAAACUCUCACCAGCAACGGCGGCGUUCUCUUUGUACAAUGCUGGUGACGCUGGGAUACUUCUGACAACUGGACUCCUGUAUUAUGCGCCACUAUGUCCCUUCUGGAAAGCAUCCUGGCUUACCUAGAUGCUGGUGACAUGCAGUGGUUCUGCCUGCUCACCCUCUUCGUCGCCUCUCUUGUGACCGUGGCAGUCUACUUUGUGCAGUCCGCACUAAGCUCCUUUCGGUUCCGGGAGCGCCGCGGCGCAAACUCGGCAGCAGGAGAAGCGGCCGCUCUGCUCGAUUGGGUGCUGGCGCUUCCGAGUUGGAGAAGGCAGUGGCGAAGAGCCUGGCUGGCAGCUAUCAACGAAGAAGCCAAGCGACUCGAGGGAUCUUCUCAACUUAUAUUUGAAGAAAAUAACCUUGAACAGUUAGAAUUGGUGGUUAUAAAUGUUUCCAGCUUUAGAGAGAUAAAUCAGUGCAAGGUUGCACGCUGUGAAGUUGCUGGUGAAAGUGUGUCUCUCUCCGUUAAUGUAGCUCAUCGAACUGCUAACAAAACAGAACUACAGAUGUAUGAUGUUAAAAUCCAGCCACUACAACUUCAGUUGGAGCUGCAGUUGAAGGAAUCUGAGGGUGACAUUCAAGUCAUGUGGUCCUUUAUACAGCUUGAUGACUAUAAUUUUAGCCUUUCACCGAAGAAUAAAACAGAGGGUUCUGCUAAUAGCAUCACUUUAAAAAAGAAAAUUUGUGAUAUCAUUUGUUCAGCCCAUCCAUCCGUAGUUCUGAGUACAAAAUCUUUAGAUGAAAGAGAGUUUAAGAAUAUUCAUUUGGGAUCUAUAGCGAAAGAGACCUCCCCUCCUAAACCUCCAAGAGCACAUGAAUGGAAAUUGUUGGUGAAGAAUAUUAGAGUUACAUUUAUCCCUGAAACCAGUGCUGCAGGCAGCAUUAAUCCUUAUUGUUUAAUAGAGUUGGAUGAACCUCCUCAAAAGCUUUCUAGUCAAGUCUUAAAAAACUCUGCUAGUCCUUCAUGGGAACAGCCUUUCAUUUUUGAACUUGGCGCUAAAUCAAAGGAACUGACGUUGCAGAUUUUGGACAAUGAUAUUUCCAACAAGAACUCUUUAGUUGGUCAAGCUUCAGUGCCUUUUGAUUUAUUCAAGAAACAUCCUAAUGGGAAACAGACCUUUGCACUUAAAAAUAAUGACCAGCUGGCCGGAUCGGUCUCUGCUGAGUUCUCCUAUCUAGAUUCCAGUGAGCUGAGGUCAUGGCCUCUACCAACACCAGUCCCUGCUAAGAAAGUAGAAAUGGACCGAACGGUCAUGCCCUGUGGAACUGUAGUGACUACAGUUACUGCUGUAAAAACAAAACCUGGGCGAUCACCUUCUAGUCUUAGUUCAGAUUCUCCUUUGAAGGCUUCUUUCAAAGCUAAAGUUUCAGAAAGAUCUGUCUCACAGCAGAGCUCUCCAUCAGGAGCCACAGUUAGUAAAGCCCUUUCUUCUUCUGACACAGAGCUUUUGAUGCUGAAUGGCACUGACCCAGUGGCAGAAGUAGCAAUCCGUCAGUUACACGAGUCUGCAAAACAUAAGAUGAAAUCACCAAUAAAGAAGAGCACCAUUAUCAUUUCUGGAGUCUCAAAGACCCCAGUAUCUCAGGAUGAUGAAAUGACUCUAAUGAUGGGUUACGCUGCAGCAAUGGAUGCUUCUCUGAAUCACAAACCUCAUUCAGCUGAGCCAGAUCCAACUGUACAAGCACACACAUCCGAUCAGUUAACACUGGAGCUACAGGACCCUAAAGAAGAGCCUAGCCUGAACUUGACCCAUGAGUGGGAUAAUAUGGCUGAUCAUAAUAGUGAAGCUGAUAAGAUAUCUCAUCUCUCUGUGUGCAUUGCGGACACAACUACUGUCAAGAAAUCAAAAGGAAGUUUCUUGCAGAAAAGCGCCAAGUUGUUCUUUCGGCGCAGGCGCCACAGGAAGGACCCAGGCAUGAGCCAGUCACAUAAUGACCUUGUCUACCUUGAUCACCCUGAAACUGUAGAGAAAGACAGAAAGACUGCAGCAUUCACUCGCAUCAUUAACAAGAAGUUGCUUCCAAAGAACAAACACAGGAAUAAUCCCAAUGGUUCUGUGGUAGAUCCAAAUGCAUGAAUGAAUCAAAUGAUGUAAACAAGUUCCUUAAAUACUUUAUUUGAUAAAUGGUGAACAUGUAU